UCGAACAGUAGAAACAAUCACAGAACGAGGUAGUAGAAUUCUUGAGAGAGAGACAUGGCAGCGACUCUGGAUUCCGACGUUCCAAUGGUUCCCGCCGGCGAACCCUCCAGCAGCGCCGGCCCUUCCUCCAAGAAGCCCAAGCGCUUCGAAAUCAAGAAGUGGAACGCCGUUGCUCUCUGGGCUUGGGAUAUUGUUGUUGAUAACUGUGCUAUUUGCCGGAACCAUAUCAUGGAUCUCUGUAUUGAGUGCCAGGCUAACCAGGCUAGCGCUACUAGCGAGGAAUGCACUGUUGCUUGGGGUGUUUGUAACCAUGCUUUUCAUUUUCAUUGCAUAAGCCGUUGGCUCAAGACCCGUCAAGUGUGUCCUCUAGAUAACAGUGAGUGGGAGUUCCAGAAAUACGGUCACUAGAACUUUGAUGCGGUUGAGCUGCGCCUACUCGGACAUUUGGACUUCUUCUAUAUUUCUGUUGAAACAUUUACUGCUGUCUGCAUUGUCUUUUUGUUUUGUCUACUUGAGCUUAACUCUCUUUUAAGUUAUUAUUGAGUUACUGCUAAUUAGCGUUCUGUGUAAGGAAUUAAAAAUGAAUAGUUGUUGAAAUUACAGUAUUUUAGAAUCAGCACAUUACUUUGCA